AUGAAAAUUCCCUCCAUUCCUCUAAACACUGGCGCCGCGCUCCCAAUUUUCGGAUUAGGAACGUGGCAGGUCAAAGACGACAAAGAGCUGAAAACAUCGCUUCGAACGGCGUUAGAUGCAGGCUACAGGCUUAUUGACACUGCCCAUAUCUACAAAAACGAGCAUAUCAUUGGAGAAGUGCUCCAUGAGUACAUUUCCACUGGAAGAUUAAAACGAGAAGAGAUUUUCAUCACUUCUAAACUUCCACUCGUCGCGCACGCUCCUGAAGACGUUGAAAAGUGUGUGAAUGGUCAACUGGGCGCGUUGAAACUUGACUAUAUUGAUUUAUAUCUAAUCCAUUGCCCGUGUCCCUGCAAACAUCAGGAAGGUAGCUGGAUACCGUUGACAGAUGACAAAGGGAAAUUAGUUUUUGAUGAGAAGACCACUCAUAUUGAUACCUGGAGGGAAUUGGAGAAACUUUAUUAUGCUGGGAAGCUAAGAGCCCUGGGUGUGUCCAGAUUCAGCGCCCGCCAACUCGAGCACCUCUAUGACCUAGCCGACGUGAAACCUGCAAACAUCCAAGUGGAAUGCCAUAUCUAUUGGCAACAGGAGAAUCUUCAAAGAGUCUGUCGGAAGCUUGGAGUCACCUUGACCGCCUUCGCGCCUCUUGGCUCCCCCGGCAGAAAAUCUUCAAGACCUGAUGGCAAUUGGCCGGAUGGGGACCCACUACUGGAUCCUCUUGUUCUUCAACUAGCCGAGAAGUAUCAGAAGUCCCCGGCGCAAAUUCUUAUACGGGUUUUGACUCAAAAUGGGAUUUCGGUAAUACCAAAGAGUGUGAAUCCGCUGAGAAUUCUAGAGAAUAUAUCGAGUUUUGACUACGAGUUGAAUGAGGAAGAUAUGCAUGAACUGGAGGACAAGGGGAAGACUCGAAUCAAGCUUUUUAAUUUGGAUUUCGCGAUUGGACAUCCAUUGUACCCAGAUGGGGAAAAUUGA